CUCAGGAGCAGCCCUUUGCAACACAAAGCACAGCUGCUGCUUCCAGUGGAACCAUGAGCCACACUCCUCGGCCCUUCCUCACAGGAGCCCAUAUCGCCGCCCCACCAAGCUAUACCAUGAACAAGGAGGAGUAUGAGAUAGGAGAAGUUGGAGCACCCCAGCCUUCAGCGCCUGUGACCUCCACCGUGGUCAGCAUCCAGCCUGAGAUCUCGGAGCCUGACCACAUUGUCUGGUCCCUGUUCAAUACUCUCUACUUGAACUUCUGCUGUCUGGGCUUCGUGGCUUUCGCAUAUGCUGUGAAGUCUAGGGACAGGAAGAUGGUUGGUGACAUGAUUGGGGCCCGGAGCUAUGCGUCCACCGCCAAGUGCCUGAACAUCAGCGCCCUGAUCCUGGGCAUCCUCUUCAACAUUGGAAUCAUCGUCGCUGUGGUGUUUGCUGUCAUAAUAUUUUACGAAAUGUACUAUCGGAGUAUGCAGAGGGGUGGAGGCCUCUAGAAUCUCCCCACUGUCUGAUGUGCCCCACCUCCAGCUAUGUGGGCUGGGCCUGCCCGGGGCCCAGCCCCUCAUCAGCAGUUUCUGCAGACAAGCCCUCAGCGUCGAUGUCAAUAAAGAUUCUCAUAGGUGA